AUGGCAUUGUUGUCGCGGCCGCUCACGGCGAUUGCUACCCUGUGCAAACCGGAGUUGUCAGUUGGGCGGCUGUGGUAUAACCGAUCUGUCUCGCACGAGUUCAUGGAGUUGCGCGUUGGCAACAAAUAUCGGCUUGGUCGGAAGAUUGGAAGCGGUUCUUUCGGUGAAAUCUAUCUUGGUACGGAUAUAGCCAAAGGCGAGGAAGUCGCAAUCAAGCUAGAAUGCGUCAAAGCCAAACAUCCGCAACUCCAAAUCGAAGCCAAGAUCUACAGACUGAUGCAAGGUGGCGUCAUCCACGUACCACAAAUCUUCUUGUCCCGGGGUUUUGCCAGUGUGGAUGCACAGGGUACAUUAGAAAAAGAUGCAUAUCUGUUCGGGUUCUUCUGUCCGCUUCAAUUGAACCGGAUCGAUCGGGACGAGCGAGCGGAUUUUGCAGACCGGGUGUACGCAUGCGCGUUUAUGUGA